AUGAGAUCGACGGUUUGGCGAGAGGUGGCGGAGUCGCCCAACCUGACGGGCAUCGCCGGUCCGCGGGUUCGGUUCCAGUGCCUCGACGCCAACCACAAGCACGUCGUCCUCGGCGCCAACACCGGUAGCCUCUACGUCUUCGCCAGGACCCGCGCCGAUGGCCCGAGCCCGUUCGGCCCCGACGCGGACGCGCCCGAGGGACCGCUGCGAUUCAUGACCGUCGUCUCGCCCCCGAGGCAGCCGUCCGACGACGCCGCCAAGGACGAUCCCGCGGACGACGCGAGGACGCCCCAGUCAGCGUUCGCGUCGCGCUCGAGGGGCGUAUCCCCCGCGAUACGGCGCAUCAAGCUAUCCCCCAGAGGCGAUAGGUGCGCCAUCGCGUACGCCACCGGGGUGCUCAACGUGGUCGAGUUCCGGCCCGGCGUCGAACGCAGGGGCGGAUCUCCCAAGGUGAUCGUGCAGAUCCCCAAGGCGCACGCAUCCGCCGACGUCACGUGGCUGGAGUGGUCCCCCGACGGCGAUAGGCUCCUCAGCGGCGACGACAAAGGCGUGGUGGGCGUGACGGAAUUCGCGAACAAUUCCGUCGUCGCCAACACCCUCUCGCUUGGAUCCGCCGUGGCGCAGGCGUCCUUCUCCCGGUCCGGGCUGAUGGCGGCGCUGUGCACCAACGAGGCGGUGGAUCUGCUAUCCGUACCCACGGGCGUCCACCCGAAGGUGGGCACUAAGCCCAGGGAGGGACCUUACGGCGGGUGUUUCCACGUCCUGGCCCGCGACGCCGCUCCCGACGGAGCGCUGGUGUCGAAACAACCCGAGAGCGAGUGGAUGCUCGCGGCGAGGCCGGGGAGACGACUGUGGGUCGCGGAGGCGUGGCUAGAGGGCGGAACCCAGGGGGAACCGCGGAGCGCCGUCGCCGCGACGCUCAAGCCGGACGUGCCCAAGGGUUCCAGGGCGCCCGGAGCCCCCGAGCCCAGGCCCGGGGCCAAGUCGCGCAAGUGGGAGUUCGGCCGGCUGCACCCCCUCGGGCGCACGUGCGUCCUCUCCGUCGCCGAGCGCGCGCUCGCGGUGGUGGAGGUACCGGGCGGGAGCCUGCUGGAGUGGUGCCCGCUGGGUGAGCCGGGGUCCGUCGGGAUCGCCGCCGGGGUGGCGUCGGCGGCGGCGGUUGACGCGAGGGCGUUCCUUCUCGCCGCGCCCGAGCACGGCGGCGGCGUCUGGUGCCUCGAAGCACCCGCGACGGAAGCCGCGCUGGUGGCGUGCGUCGCGGACGUCGCGGCGGUGGCGGUGGCGAGCCGUGCGAGGGACGGUGCCGGGAAGGACGCGGGGUUGGCGGAGACGCUUCACGCGGUUUCCCUCGCGACGAAGCUUCGGGUGCCGGAGACCAGGCUGCUCGAGGACGCCAGGGCGCUGGUGCGGGACGUCGCGGCGCGGAGGGCGGUGGGCGACGGUGGGAAGGUGUUGGACGAUGAGGAUGAUGAUUUCGUGGACAUCGACGCGGAGCUCGCGUCCGCCGUCGAGGCUUACGAGCGCUUCUACGCGGAGGCGGUGGGCGACGCCCCGCCCCCGCCGCCGCGGCCGAGCCUCGACGAACGAACGACCGCAUCGUCACCGCCCAGGCCCGCGGCGGCGCUGAGCCGGUCGUCGUCGUUUGCGUCGUCGGCGGGGGCGUCGCUGUCGCGUGGUGAUUCCGGAUUGGAUGCGACGAUUGUCGGCGCAGGGGAGUUUCCGGCGGCGGAGUCGGGCAAAUUCUUCUUCUACAACCCGAACGCCAAUGCCGGCGAGCGAAAGGAGAGAAAGAGCGACAAGGAGGAGAAAAAGAAGAAAAAGUCGGCAAAGGUGGUUGACGUCGGCGACGGCACCGCGCCUGUGGACGCGCCCAGGCCAAAGCGAGACAAGCCGAAGAAAUCUCCCCCCGCGCCGGAGCCCAUCGCAGAGACGUCUCCGACAAAUGAGGACAAGAAGACCGCAGCGGACAUGGGCUCGAUCGUCGCGCGGCUCGAGGAGGACCGCGACGAUUAUCUCGCGGCGGUUAAGGCGCUGAGCGACCUCGGCGAGGCCCCGCCGGUGUCGCCACCGCCGUUCCUGCACUGGACGGAGUACCGAGAAAUUCCCGCGCUGGUUGAGGUCGGGUCCGCCGCCGCCGCGGCCAAGUCGACCACCGGUAAACGUCGCGAGGCGUUGCGCCGCGCGAGGGAGCGUCGCAUCGACGCAGCCGCGGUCGCCGCGCGCGCCCUCAGACUCUCGCGUCGGUCCCUCGACGCCUCGCCGUUGAUCCCGGCUCUCAGGCGGUGGCGAUUGGCUCGCGCCGAAUGCGACGAAAUCGCCGACGAAAUCGAUGACGUCGUCGAAUUUGGCGGCGGGGACGAGACCCACGCCACGCGACAGCUGUCCGACUCCACCCAACUCGCGCGCGAGGAUAUGUUCGAGGCGUUGGCGUUGGUGGAGAGGGAGUUGGACGUCGCCGUGGUGGAGCUCAGGCUCGUGGGCGCCGAGCCGGCGGAGCGUAGGGUCGGCGAGGCAGCCGCGAGGGUCUUCGCCGAGGCCGACGCCGCCGAGGCCGCGGCGAGGACGACCAAGGGUACGAUCGUCGAACCCGCGGAUGAUAAAGCACCGAAGAGUGUGGACGAGCCGUUCGACGGGGAUCUCGGUGCGCUCGCGGGCUCGCUCGUGGGCGCUCUGUCCCUCGGCGAGGAGGAACGCGUGGAGCGGAUCUUAAGGGCGAUCCCGCCCGAGGAUGGCGAGAUCGUCGCCGUCGAAUCAUUCAGACGCGCGCUCGUCGAUUUACUCAGCAGACCCGACUCCGCGCAGCCGCUGGAAUCGCUCGAGUCCGUCACCACCGUCGUCGCAGCCGCACUGGGCGCGGAGAACGCGCUAAAGGCGCUCGAGGUUGCCGUCGAGGACGAGGCCAUCGAGAAGAAAAUUGGCUGCGACGCUCUGGAGACGUUCGCGGGCAACGUUUUCGCGGAUGCGAUCACGUGCGUGACCCUCGACCUCGUCGCAGCGGUCGGCGACGAGCGCGAUCGCGGCCGGGCGGCGUCCAAGAUCCUGCGACCGCUGGAGGCGCGCGUGAGCGAUCCGCCCCCCUCGCCAGUUGGCCGGUUCCCACAGCUUCGAGCAGCCAUCGCCGCUGAGGCGAGCCUGAAGGCCUCCCCCGGGGACGACGCCGCCAUGCGUCGCCUGCCGUUCGUCAAAAAGGAGAGGGGAAGGUGGGAGCUGGCGGUGACGCACACGAAACCGAUCGAGCCGACACUCGAGGAUCCAACCGGCGGUUGGGGCGUGAGGGUGCCGCUGUCCACGGCGUGCUGCGCCAGGUGCGCCCUUCCUCUGCGGGAGAUUCGAUGGAGCGGAGACGCGGGGCAAUCGUCGCUCGGGCGGCUCGUGACGUUCCCGUGCGGUCACACGCUGCACGAGUGCUGCGCGAUCGAGGACGCGUGCGUGGAGUGCGCGGCGUCGAAUGCAAAGCCCCUUCGAUCCCCCGCGUUUAUCACGUUGAGCGCGGCGAUCAACGCCGAGCUUGAGAGCCUUCGAUUAUAA